AUGAGCCAGUGGGUGGCAAUAUCAGUCCACGCCGGCCCCUCGCGCUACGACCCCAAUGUCCGCCGAAGCAAGACCAUUAGCGGCUCGCCUUCCUCCCAUCUUCACACAGAGACUGCCACAGCUUCCAUUUCUCCUCGACUCAAUCAGCUCGCUCUGCCUACACAACUCAAUCGCACCACCAGAUGUAGCUCCAACCCACUCCACGACCUUUGCGACCCGGCCACCAGUCCCUCGAAGCGUGGUGAGACGCUGCGUGCUUACUCUCGCCAACGACGUGUCUUCUCCGAUGCACCUAUUAGCCCCAACCAAGCCAGCCGAACGCUGCCCGCAACCGGUCCUUCUUCUUCUUCAUCAUAUCCUCCUCACACCUCCCGCCCUCGUGCCGGCGAGUCGAUAGCUACCUCGUUGUUGUUUUCAAGCGAAGCUGAUCGUUCCGACAGAGUCAGCUUUGCUCCCAUCUUUAAAACAUCCUCAACCGAAAGCGCCAUGGCUCAAGCUUCGUCUUCCUUGUCCAGCACUCCAAGCCUCACCAGCCCUACUUGUACACUUUCUCGCUCCGCAUCUCUUCGAUCAGCACGUUCCGAACGCAACAACGUCGUUGGCGGUACACGCUAUCUAUCGCUCAACGCUUCAGCCGAUCUGCCCACAACGAUGGAGGCACUCUCGCCCGAAUACGGCACAUCCAAUCGGACACGUAGCGCUCCAAGAUGGUCCAACUCCAUGUCACGUAGAAUGAGCAUCAGCGCUCUCAACCAGACCAUUCACUCUACAACCUCGCCUUACCUCAAGGCGGGUCUCCAGGAGCUUCGAUCGAUCUUUGAUGUUGACACACUUGGGGUUGCUGUCGAUGACCAGGACAGUUCUGACCUAGAAGGCGCUUCGCCCAUCGAACGACGCUCCCAACCCUUCAAUCCCUUUGGUGCCUCUGGCACAGCUUCAGGCGAGGCAGUUUUUGAGAGUUCCCAGACCUUCUCGCCGGUCUUGUCGCGUCAGAGCAGCUCUGAACAUGGAGAGGUUUCGAUCAACGUCCCCUCUGGUCGCGGCGGUACCAGCUUCAAGAGUCAGGUCUACGAGGCACCCGUCGCCCAUCGUCGAGCGCAAUCGUGGCGCAAGCAUCGCAGCUUAUCCAUCUCGAAUCUUCCGAAUCCACCGUUGCCCGCGUCUGCCGGCAAGCACGAGAACUGGCAGAAGCAGUCCUUGUCCAUCUUGCUCGACUCACGCGAAAGCUCAGCACGCUCUCCCUCGGUUUGCACGCCACUGGUGGCCGUGGGACUGGCAGCACUCAGCGUGACCAUGGUGGGCGUCUGCGCUUUCGAGACUUGGAUCCACCCUGAUGCCGCUUCGAUGCCCUUGACGGCUUUCAUGCUCGCACAGUCCGCAUUCGCCCUGGUUGGCAUCGCUGGACUUGCGUUACAGAAGCGAUGGGUGAUCGACUUGGCAUCUCGCUUGAUCCGCGCACACGUGCUUUGCCAGGUGCUCAUCGCGCUAGCUGCACUUGCAAGUCUGAGUCGCACCGCUUUCUAUCGCCACCGCACGGACCGACAGAUUGUAGACCGAGCAGCCGACGCCAGCAUUCUCACCACGUCGCGCUUCCUGUCGAGCGACGUAGAGGCACUAGACCCGCAUAUGUCGUCGGUCGGAUCGUUGCGAGAUCAGCUCACUUACAUUUGCGUGUUCGUCGUGCAAGCUGCUCUUCCUCUCGCCUUGGUGCUGUGGGCUCAGUAUUCGUUGGCUUCAGCGCUCAGUCGCGCCACUCGUAACCUGCCUGCCUCCAACUCGAAUGGCAGCAGCGUUAGCAAGCAACAACAGCCGCAACAACGUCAGCGUUCAGUUGCUGUCGUUAACGUUGCAGACCUAGAUACUCCCCGAAACGAGCGACAGCGAUUCAAUAGCGAAAACCCGACCAUCAGCAAAGCCUUGAGCAACAGCAACAGCAACAGCAACAUCAACGCCAACGCAAAUCAGCCUGGCAGCCAAGGAUGGUUUGGUUUUGUAAUCACCCGGCUCGAUGUCACUCCAGACAAGACCGAUUCCAAGUUCGAACUGGAUCCAUCCGAGCUCACCAAGCGACUACAGGCUCUGGCACGCGCCUAG